CGGGCAGCAGUGAUGAGUCGGAUAACGUCCCGCCACGUGGCCUCCUCUCCUCUCCUCUCCUCUCUCGUCUUGGGCCGUCCAGGCCCACGUGACACUCGCAUAUCAUCAGCCCAUGGACUCGGCCGCCCAACAGAUCCGAUCCAGAGGCAUCCGGCGGCAUCUCCUCCUCCUCCUCCUCCUCAUCACCGCCGCCGCCACCCGCCGGUCUGCACGAUCUCAUUCACACCUGAUACAGGAUUCAUGAGCAGUACAGUUGCAGCAAGCAGUAGCCUCCAAUCAGCCCUCUCAUACUGUGUCAGGCAAGUCCGCAGCUAUGACUACCACCACUACCUCUGCCUUCUCCACCUGCCUCCAGCUAUGCGCAAGGCUGCAUUCACCUUCCGCGCCUUCAAUGUCGAGACAGCAAAGGCCAUGGACGUUGUGUCGGACCCUAAGACCGGCCUUGUGCGCCUCCUGUGGUGGAAGGACGUGAUCGAUAAGAUCUUCGCCAACAAGGUGGUCGAGCACCCUGUCGCCCAGGCGCUAUCUUCGGUUGUUUCGGAGCAGAAGAUCAGCAAGCACUGGCUCAAGAGGUCUGUGGAGGCAAGGAUAAAUGACGCAAACCGCGAUGAGGGUGCCAUUCCUGAGACAAAUGCUGAGUUGGAGAGGUAUGCAGAGGACACCCAAUCCACCAUCCUCUACAUGACCUUGCAAGCUGGUGGGAUACAGUCCACUGUCGCUGAUCAUGCGGCCUCGCACAUUGGCAAAGCCAGUGGACUCCUGUUGCUGCUCAAGGCAUUGCCUCACCAUGUAAAUAAGCAAGGGACGAUACCAUAUAUCCCAGCUAGUGUGGCUAAGGAGUGCGGUCUGCUUACACGGGAGGGUGGCCGAUUGGAGGUCAGGAUGGAUGAGAGGCUCCCUGAUGCAGUUUUCAAGGUUGCAUCUGUCGCCGAGGCUCACCUGCAGAAGGCGCGGGAGUUGGCCUCUUCUGUGCCACGAGAGGCGAUUCCCGUGCUCCUCCCAGCCUUGCCAGCCCAGGUCCUCCUGGAUUCCCUGCGAAGAUGCGAAUUCAAUGUCUUUGAUUCACGGGUGUCAAGAGGAGUCCAUGGGAGCUCUCCUCUGGGGUAUCAGCUAAAGCUUAGUUGGUACGCAUGGCGAAACAAGUACUGAAUCCAGCCAACAAUGUUUGUGGUAAGAAACUGCAGUUGUUGUUGUUCCUCUUAGCAAAGCUGCCUUCAUGGUUUUGUUGAAAUGCCAUCAGAUUCAAGAAGACCAGCAGUGUCUUCUACUUGCUC